AAGUUAUUAAUUUCGUAAAAAAAGUGGUUAUUCCAUUUCUGGGAUCGGAAUAGAAUCUUCUGGUAUGAUUAAAGUUCGGUUCGAUAUAUUCUCGAGUUAUUAACUGUGCUUUAACACGCAAACAGUGCGAAGAACAACAUGGCACAACAAAUAGCACGCUUAUACUUUUCUUUGACCUUUUGCACGUUGAUGACUUAUCGUUAUGUUCGAAGCCUAAUUUAUAGAAUUUCUUGUGGAUUUAUGGGAUAUGGAUGGUACUUGCAUGUUUUUUUCGUAAGCUGGGUGAAACAUUUCCUCCUCGAGUGAAAAAUCUAAGGAACGGACGACGGAACGGGGAGGAUCGGGCUUUCCUCCAAGUGUUGAGGAUGAAGUCGAGAAGAACACGCAGAUGUAAUUAAUUCGAUUCUAUGAUCAAGGAGUUGCGUGGAGAGAAACGUCGAUGAAGAGAUGCAAGGUGCAAGAUAAAAUCAAAAGCCAGAAAAUGAUGAUCGGUUCUUAUAACACCAUACGACCCAGAAAACCAAUCAAUGGAUUCCCAAUACACCCAGAGGAUAAGAAAUCGACGAUAUUCCAAAUUGAUGACUUUUACAAGAGGAAAAACAAGGAUAUUGCCAUUCAGAUACCACCAGCAAGCAUAAGCACGAUAAAAACAAAGAAGAAAGCAAUAUCCGCACCUGUAACGAAAAAAUUCCUGUACCAGAUGGAGAACUACUGUGACAAUACCACCCUACAUGGUCUUAGAUAUGUCGGUGAUCCUACAUUGUCCUUAUGCGAAAGACUCUUCUGGUUCUGUGCGUUUGGCAUCGCAGCUUGCAUGGCUGGAUAUUUCAUAUCGAAUAUUUACGUGAAAUGGUCUGAAAGUCCGGUCAUCAUAAGUUUUAGUCCUUCGGAUGCUGAUCUUAACUCCAUACCGUUUCCAUCGAUAACAAUUUGUAACAUGAAUCAGGCUAAGAGGCAAGAAGCUGAAAGGAUUGUAGAUCAUGGCACUCCAGCUCAAAAGAAAUUACUCAACGACUAUUGCAAUCUCAACAGCGACAUGAAUGAGACAGAAUACGAAACAGACUGGGAUACGAUGCAGAAUUUUUUGAUAACGGUAGGCCAAUCUUGUUCCGAUAUGUUGAAGUCUUGUUCCUGGAAAAACGAAAAGGUUAAUUGUGAUGAAUAUUUCAAUAACGACCUGACUGACGAAGGGUUAUGUUGUUCUUUCAAUAGGUUACCUCCCAAUAAGAUUUAUUGGAAUCCAAAAAGCACGUCAUACUUAAACCAAACCUACUCCAACUAUAUUUAUGAUUGGAAUCCUGAAGAUGGUUUUCCUGAUAAAAUUUCAGACGCAAGAUCAGACUAUAUACCUCGAAGACCAUUAGGAUCAGGUCAACACCUAGGCCUCUCAAUAAUUUUAGACACUCAAGUGGACAACUAUUAUUGCUCGUCAACAAACAGCGUUGGAUUUAAGAUAGUCCUCGCUAAUCCGUUAGAAACUCCCAAAACAGCAGAUUUUGGUUUUCUGUUGAGCCCAGGUGUAGAAGCAAGAUACAUGAUCAAUCCAGUAAUCAGAGAAGCUACUCAUUCUCUCAGAAGUGUCUCAAUAGAGAAGAGGCAAUGUUAUUUCUCGAACGAGAGAAAAUUACAAUAUUACAGGACUUACACAGAGAGAAAUUGUAGGCUGGAAUGCCUCUCAAACCACACAAAAACCAAGUGUGGAUGUAUACCCUAUUUUUUACCGAAGGCUAGAGAUGUACAAACGUGUAGUAAGAAGCAGGCAAAUUGUCAAGAUGAGGCUAAAAAUAUGGUUGAAGUAGCUUCUGAGAAAGGACAUGCCAUAGCUAUGUUAUGUCACUGUUUACCAGGAUGUCAUGAAGUCACAUAUUUGAAAACUGGUAGUUACAGUAAUCUCAAAAUUGAAUAUUAUAAAAACGAAUCAGAAGAGGUAGAAGAAGAUUAUAGGAAAAAUACAGCUGUGGCACAUUUCUUCUUUGAAAAAUCUAAAUUCAGCAAACAGGUCAAAAGUGUUGUAUUUGACUUUACAGAUCUCGUCUCUAACAGUGGUGGAUUGCUAGGUCUGUUUGUUGGAUUCAGUUUGCUGAGCCUUAUUGAAUUCUUAUAUUUUCUAACUUUACGCCUGAUAUGCAAGAAAGUAAGAAGACCUAGACGCAGAGAAAACAAGUUGUCUCAACGCUUAUUCACUUUCAGAUAACUUUUUUGAUUUUUGAAACACUAGCUUCAAGUGAUAUUUAUUUCCACAAUUCCCUUUGUGAAUGUAUGUAAUUGUUGUUGAAUUUAAUUAUAAAUAUGAUUUUUGUUGAAUAGAAUAUUUUGGAAAGCUCAACGAAUCAUAAAUAUAAAAUGCUAUUCUCUGUAGGUAAUCAAAUAUACGCUUCAUUGACAAAUUUAUUAACUAUAAAGAAAUAAAA